GCCUACUUUACUCUGUCAGUCUGGAUUUUCAUCUGAGCAGUUUCAACUCAUGCUAGCUUUGUCAGGCACAUUCCCCGCCUGCUAAAGCUGACUUGUUGGUUAGCAGGCUAGCUAGCAGAUGCUAGUCCCACAUUAGUGUGCUUGGUUCCGAUAAGGUAUAAUAAUAACCUGGGUUAAUAAUAGGGGUAUAUGAGCUUCAGUAGCACCUGCCUUUUUACGUUAUAUUGACUUACAUUUGUAGAAGACCGUGUAGCUGUAAACACACGAGCUUUGUAAUAGAGUUGUGUAGCCUACAUGGAAAUACUUGGAACUGAAGGGUACUGGGAGCUGAAGCAUGGAGGCGGUUCUGAGCAGGCUGAGGGGGCUAACUCCCGAUGAACUGCGUGAGGAGUUUUCCCGAGUGGACCUCAAGUGCGGCCCAAUCACAGCUACCACCCGAGCCACCUUUGAGAGGAAGUUAGCCCGAGUUCUGGCCGGGUCAGGGAACAGUGCCACUGAAUCGGACAAUAGCUCCUCAGCGGGCGUUUCGGGCAAUGCAGCCUCUGCUGGCGAUCAUGCCGAUCCUGUGCCGUGUGCCACUUCAGCAGUUGCACCCACCACUUCUGCAACAGGCAGCAGCCCCCCUGCGGCUGCCAGUGAAGAGAUGGACUUUGGCUAUGGUGUGGGUCUCAACCCUCCAGAGGAAGAGGAGAUCUCAGUAAAGACGGCCUCAGAUAACUUUGCUGAAGGCAGUAACUCUCAGUCCAAAACAGAAACCCCUUCAAAGUCUGCACAAGUGUCCCCAACCUUUUAUUAUGGAGUAUGUCCACUGUGGGAGGACGUAUUGGCUAGAAAUGAGAGAGCACAUGUAUACACAGAUAAGAAAGAUGCUCUCCAAGCUGUAAAGAUGAUGAAGGGAGCCCGCUUCAAAGCUUUUCCCAACCGUGAGGAUGCUGAGAAGUUCGCCAAGGGGAUCUGCGACUAUUUCCCCUCUCCCAAUAAAUCUACACCCUGUGUAUCUCCUGUCAAACCAGGCCUGGUCAUUAGUAAAGACAACAUGGAGGUCGAUACCAUCAACCGGGAGCGGGCCAACAGUUUCAAGAGCCCGCGCACCCAGGACCUGACCGCCAAACUGCGGAAAGCUGUGGAGAAGGGUGACGAGGUGGCCUUUAGCGAGCUGGUCUGGAGCAACCCGCGGUAUCUCAUUGGCUCAGGGGAUAAUCCCACUAUUGUGCAGGAGGGUUGUCGGUACAAUGUCAUGCAUGUGGCAGCCAAGGAGAACCAGGCAGGAAUUGCUCAGCUGCUGCUGGACACCUUGGAAAACCCAGAGUUUAUGCGCCUCAUGUACCCAGACGACCAGGAAGUCAUGCUGCAGAAGCGAAUCUGCUACAUUGUAGAUCUUUACCUCAAUACUCCAGAUAAGGCUGGGUUUGAAACACCACUCCACUUUGCCUGUAAGUUUGGGUGCCCAGAUGUGGUCAAUGUAUUGUGCUCGCACCCGGGCAUCGAUAAGAACUGCAAGAACAAGGAUGACCUGAAGCCUUGUGAUCUCAUUUGUAGCAGAAAAAAUAAAACCCAAGAGGUGAAGCAGAAGAUAAGUGAAUAUUUGGAGGACCGCUGCUAUAUCCCUUUGUUGAGGGCAACCGACAACACCUCUCAGCCCAUCAUUGGUGCUCCGUGGUCACCUGAGGCCUCAGAGAGUCUCUCGCUGAUCCAGCGGCACACAAGAAGCCCCAUGGAUCCACUGAUGGCCGUCACAGCCUUUGCUGGCCCGCUGAGUCCUUCUAAAGCAGAUGAUUUUCGUCGGUCCUGGAAGACACCACCUAGAGACCGAGCCGACAUCCUCAAAUCUGAUCCUGACCGGGGAGCAGAGAGAGUGGGCAGAGACCUGGCUCAUGAGAUGGGUCACCCAUGGGCUGAGUAUUGGGACUUCCUGGACAGUUUUGUGGAUCUGUCAUCGACCGAGGGGCUCCGAAAGCUGGAAGAGUACCUGAGCAAGAAGGAUUUCAACCCGCGGGUUCAUGAGGAGGCCGGGGAGAACGAGACCAGCAACAGGUUCAAAAGCCCCUCUCCAGGCAAGCCCAAAAAAUUCUGCAACUCCAUCUCUGUUGGUGCCUUCCUGGACGAGGGUGAUGACAUCAGCCUCGAGGAGAUGAAGAACCGGCAGAACGCAGCACUCACCAGCAUCACCUCCUCUGCUGCAUCCAAGGACGGCCUGAAGGGAGCGGUGGGCGGCCGUGAAUUCCACAUCCUGCCUAUUGCUCUGCACCACCGCGGGGCCGACCUGAUCGAGACAGCGGCCGAGCAGGACCUGCUGUGCUGCUGCGACGACGGCCUCCUGUCGCCCGGCGUCGUCUGCAAAAAUGGGGUGUGCUCCUCCUCCAGAGAAAGGACUCACAAUGGAGACAAGGUGUCCCCUCGCAACUCCCCGUCCUCGUCCUGCCUGCUGUCGCCCAUUUCCAACCUCAUGGUGGAGUUUGAGCGCAUGUCACUGCAAGAACCGCUGGACAGCCUCAGCAGCUGCAGGGAGAGGAGGAGCAGUGGCGGGAGCCGGCACAGGGAUAUCCGGGACUCCUACAGUUCCUCCUCAGCCACGGACCUGAGUUCUGGGCUGAACCGCCUGUCUCUCAGUCACAGCAGUCAGGACAGCGAGGCCUUGGAAGGUCCAAGCUGGAGAACAGAGGGAGGGGGGACAGAGGAGAGGCGCAGCAGCGGCAGCUCAGAGGAGUACUUUGAAGCAGAGGAGAGCCUGGAGGUGCUGGGCAGGACUAGGGGGUCAGUAACAGGGGGGCGCAACUUCUGUGCUAGGUCGAAGUCAUGGGAUCAUGGGGGAAGGGACCUGAGCAGCUCAGGAUCCUCUGGGUCUUCUUAUAAGUCCUUAGAGAACUCUCAUGAGUUCCUACCCAGGACUCCACCGCACAUUAGAAGAGGACUUUUCAUCGAUGGGGAUUCACCAACCAAGUUGGACAGAGAGGUCUUGUCAGCAAUAGACGGCAUAGACAUCGAUCCCCAGAAGUAUCCCAGCAUUCAUAAGUGGAAGAGCACAAUGACGUCAUACUCUACUUCAGACAUGAAGAGCUGGCCCAGCCCCGCAGUGGUAAAACCACGACAAAGGAUGCAGCAUCAGACUCCCGGCUCCCCGGUCAGCGGCCUGAUGUCUCCCACUGCUCGCUUCAGUCCUGCCCGGUACGCUGCCUCACCUGACUUCAGCCCCAGCCGUUACAGCCCUGCCAAUGCUAGCUACAUCCAGCGCAUCCGCCUCAAGCACUUGAACGAGCCAUCGGUCUAACUGCCUGCUCCUACCACUGCGGCCAUACCCUCUCCAAACCCGAACCCCACCCUUCCUUCCCCAUUACAAACCCAGCUGCACCAAGGUGGCUACACCAGAGCUCAGAAACCACAUACCUAACAGAAAUAUGCACAAGUGUCUGGAAGAUUUGUAUUAAUGAUGUAUGGUACUACUCCUAUGUAAUACAGGAAUUCUCAUCACGUUGGGUUGUGAUGUACACUCAAGACUUUAAAAAGAAAAAAAAAAAAAAAGAAACCUUGGUAAUUUAUGUACUGUAUGGGUGUGGACCAUGUUGAAUUGACGGUAAUGUUAUUUGUGGCAAGUGUGAAGCACCUGUAGUCAACUUUUUUGAAUAUCGUGAAUUCAAGCCGCACUCCCCAAAGUUAGUUGGUCACUAAAACCUAAAGUGUGGAGUCCUCAACAGGAUUCUUUCACUGAGGAUGUUCUUAAAAAAAAAAAAAAAAAAAAAGUAAAAUGUCAAUAUUUUAAAAAUUAUUUUUUGUAUGUUGGUCAGUAGCACAAAAUUUAAAUGUUUUUAUUAAUGGUGUUAAAACCGACUGCCAUUUCCUAUGUUUUUUCCUCAGUUCAGGAAUUGCCUUAAUUUUCUGAAGUGAUGGACCAGUUCUGUCAGUUUGCGUCAGUCACAGAUGAUUAUGGCAAACAUGGGAAAAACUGAUAAAACUGAGAUCUUCCAUGUUUUUGUUUUGUUCUUCAAUAAAUGCAUACAUUUUCUAUCUUUUCUCGGUGGUUCCUGGACAUGUCUUGACUUUUCCUUUCAGCCACUAACGGCGGCCUUAGACUGUGCAAUUUUUUAUUUUCAUUUUUUUCUCCAAAUUAUCUUUCAAUCACAAGCAUCUCCCACAGUGUAUGAGUGACAAAACACAUCCAUCACUAAAGUAUAUUUUCAGAUUUGUCUUGUCUGGGCAAAACCUUAAAAUUGCUCGGUCUGAGACCACCUUAAAGCUGUAUUAAGCAAUUUUUAACCACUGUGGGGCAGAAAGACUCCAAAACUGACUCAACAGCAACAAAACCCUGAUGUAUUUCAUAGCUUACUACAGCCUAUUGUGGCCAUCUUGUUAACUAAGAACUGCCUUAAGCUUAAAGAGAACACACCUGAGUAGCUGAGAGUUUCAUAGAGCUGGAUUUUGAUUCCUAGUGCGGUCGGCAGUACUCGCAACCCUUUUCCCAUCGCAAAUAGGAAUUUCAUUGAGUGUUAAUUUGAAAAUAAGUGCUUAGCAGAGCUUUAAUGCCCAAUGUUAUUUGUCAUGAAUUUCAAAUUGGCUAACAGUAAACUCAUGUACAUAUGGCAGGUUCCUGCUGUUCUCCACAUUAAGUCUAAUGGUGGAGUGUGAGUGUGUACAAACCUGCUGUAUCCAAAUGAGUUGUAACUUGGGGAUAAAUUCACAGCUGUGUGAGAGCUCAUCAGCUACAUCUAGGAUGAAAAAAAAAAAAGUCAUUUUAAAUAUUCAGAUUGCCACUCAACAAGAGAAACAAGUGU